AUGGCCCGGUCUCUGCCUCCACGCACUUGGAAGCACGGCUUCGUUGCACCCGCUACCGAGUCGGUACCUCUUUGGGCCGAUGAUCGGUACUUCACUGCGGAGGAUGGAAAGAAGGCCCAUAUGAAGAUUCGAGCCGAGGCGGCGAAGCCAACUUCAUCAGCUACGAAUAACUUGGGACGCAGUGAGCUCCGCAGCUGGCCGCACCUUUACAGUGGCACUCAGUCGCCCGGGGACACUCAUAUUUGGUGGAAACCAGAAACUGAAGUCGAUGUGAUCAUCUGUGGUGGCGGCCCUUUUGGGUUGGCAGUUGCCAUGAACCUUGCUAGACAAGGCAUCAGCUUUCGCAUCGUUGACAAGUCAGAGUCACCAUGUCUCACGGGCAGAGCAGACGGCCUUCAUCCACGUGCUCUUGAGUACCUCGAGUCCUGGGGCGUCAGUACCGAGGCCGCCGAAGAAGGUCCCAUUCUGAACUCGACCGUGGUUUUUCGCAACGGCGUCAAACUCUUCCACGGUGAGAGCUCGAUAUGUGACUCGCGGUAUAAGGGUAUUCAUAUCCUUACCCAGGGGCAAGUCGAGCGGGUCUACAUCCGCGACCUUCUGCGGCACCAGGCCUUGGUUGAGCGCUGCAAGACGGUUGACAGUUUUGUGGUCCAAGACAAUGGUGUUUCUUCACAUCCCGUCACCGCAACCUUCAAGGACCUGAAGAAUGGGGAGACGGAGGUUGUUCGUGCGAAGUACCUCGUCGGUGCUGAUGGGGCGUCUAGUUGCAUCCGCGAAAAGCUACAAAUUCCCUUUGACGGCUUGGCCACUGACUGCUUCUGGGUCAUCCUGGACUGUCAAUUCAAGACAGAUUAUCCUCACAUAUUGGGCUUCAACAUUGUCAUCAGCGCCGAGCAUGGUGGGUGUAUCAUUAUACCUAGAGAACAGGGUCAUACAAGAUUCUACGUUCAAGUGACGGGUGAGAGAGCAGCCAAAAUGGCGGAAGCCCGUGACCGCAUCCGACGGGCCAAUGGGUCUACGGUCGGAGAGACUCAAGUCCAUGAGCACAACAUAACCCCAGAAGAGGCUCUAGAGCACCUAAACAAAAUCAUGACACCUUGGAAGGUCGAAUUCGCGUCUGCCAUGAGCUGGUUUGCUGUCUGGAGAGUGAAUGAGCGAGUCGCUCGGUCUUUUUCCACUGCCGAUCAAAGGGUGCACAUUGGUGGAGAUGCCUCCCACGUCCACAGCGUUCUCGGCGCGUUUGGACUCAACUCGUCCAUCUACGACGCUGCCAAUCUCAGCUGGAAACUCACUCUCAGUGUCAAGGGAGUAGCAAAGCCAGAUGUAUUGCUGCCGACUUACGAUGCCGAGCGGCGUCUAUUUGCCAAUCGUGUCAUCCGGGCUUCCGGGGCUUACCUGCGCUUUAUCUGCAACCUCAACCUCCCACUAGCUCAGCUGCGCGGACUUGGGGAUGACUUGGAAACUCAUGACGAAAACCUGCCUACUCUGGAUGGCACAGCGGGAGUCGACCAGCAUUGGCUCGGCUCAUUCUUCAGCCGGAAUGCCAUGUUCCUGCUUGGUGUAGAGGGACCGAUUGUGCAGUCGGCAAUCUGUCCCCAGGUCGCCAUGAAAUCGACUUUCUCUACCGCCCCGACCGCUUCAAACCCCUCUUCAUCCUUGCCAACAUCAGUUGUCAAUGGAGGGCGCGCGCCAAGCCCUCGCGUCUGCCUUGACAGGAACUGUACGGGGUAUCUUUACGACCGCAUGAAGGGGGUUGGCAAAUUCCAUAUCUUGAUUUUCGUGUCGGACCUCAAAGGUUCUGUGCGAGGGAGAGUGGCCCGUUUGGUCGAGACUGGAUUGGGUCCGAGCGGCUUCUGGAGUCGUUAUGGCGGCGGUGAACUGUUCAACCUUGUGGUUAUCAUCAAGUCAUUGCAGCACGAGGUAGAGGAGUCCCUGGAUGCGCCAGAGUUUGCGAGCCUCAGGGAUAAGGCGACUCUCGUGUACGAUGAUCGAGCCCCUGACGAUGAUGCCCACUAUUGUUAUGGGAUCAACCAUGCUCGUGGAGCAGUGGUUGUAGUGCGCCCUGAUCUUCUGGUGGGUAUGAGCGCCUGGCCUGAAUGUCCCGAGGCCAUUGCCGAUUACUUUGGCGGUUUUCUCCAGGAACCGAAACAGAAAUGA